UAUGGGAAAGUUUUAGUGCACUCCCAAACGUUUGCAUGUGUAUCUUGUUUAAAAUUAAAAGUAGUCAUUUUAUUUUAAAUUCUGCGGCAAUAUUUAACUUGCCAAUGAUGAAGAAGUGAAGAUCAAGCUGGAAGUGAUCUUUUGCGUAUAAUAAUUUUUUUCACUGAAAUCUUUCCAUCAAAGCUAAGUAAUCUUCUCCAGGAGCAGAGAGCCUGCAAUUUAAAACCCCACCAAACAUUGACCCCACUCACUCUCCCUUCGCAACAUCAACCAUGCAACGGCCGAUGCUACCUCCGCUGUUCUUCAUCUUCUUCUCCUUCUUUCCGGCGAUAGUUUUAGCCGGUGAUAUCACUGGCCACGGUGGUCGCGACAUUGAGUACUGGUGCGGCACGACGCCGCACCCGGAGCCUUGCCGCUACUACCUCCGCGGCCGCGGUCGGUCGCCCAAGGACAAGGAGGAGUUCUACCGGCUCUCGCUCCGGGUGGCGUUUGACCUCUCCCUCCGCGCGCGCCACCACCUUCGGCAGCGCGGCCCGGCGUGCCGACGCAGCGCCCGCGCGCGCACAGCCUGGCUCGACUGCUGGAAGCUCUACGCCAACACCGUCCUCCAGCUCAACCGCACCCUCGCCGACGCCGCGUCCCGGUGCAGAUCCGCCACCGCCUUCGACUCGCAGACCUGGCUCAGCGCCGCGCUCACGAACCUCGGGACCUGCCUUAAGGGUUUCAACGAUACCGGAGCCUCCGUCGCCGUUAUUGCCCCCGUCACGCGUUGCAACGUCUCCGAGCUCAUUAGCAACUGCCUGGCCAUCAACCGCUACGCUGCCUCCGCCGCAGGUCGCAAUGCCUCAUCCAGCGCCGCAGCCCCUGACCACCCCCCGACCUGGAUGACACUCUCCGACACCGGAAGUAGGCACCGGAGGCUCCUGCAGAGCGCUCAGCAAGCUAACAUCGUGGUGGCCCAGGACGGCUCUGGCAACUUCCGGACCAUCAGGGAAGCUCUCGACGCCGCCGCCCGCUCUCAAAACAGAGCAAGCUCCAGGUUCGUGAUCUACGUCAAGGCCGGCGUCUACGACGAGAUCUUGCAGGUCAUCAGUAGUUUAAACAACCUCGUCAUGAUUGGCGACGGCAUAGGCCGGACCAUCAUCACCGGCAGCCGGAGCGUCGCUAACGGCUACACCACCCUCAGCUCCGCCACCUUCAGCGUUUUUGGCGACGGAUUCAUAGCGAGAGGGAUCACGUUCAGGAACACCUACGGGCCGGGCUCGCAGGCGGUGGCGCUGAUGUCAGCGUCCGACCGAUCCGCCUUCUACCGGUGCAGUAUCGAGGGGUACCAGGACACGCUCUUCGUCUACUCGCAGCGCCAAUUUUACCGCGAGUGUGACAUCUCCGGCACCAUCGACUUCAUCUUCGGCAACGCCGCCGUGGUGCUGCAGCGGUGCAACAUCCUCGCCCGCCUACCGCGCCACGGCGAGUCGGACGUGAUCACGGCGCAGGGGCGGAGCGACCCGAACCAGAACACCGGCAUCGUGGUCCAGCGGUCUACCAUCCGGGCCGCGCCCGACCUCGCGCGCGACCGGUCCGGGGUCCGGUCCUACCUCGGCCGGCCGUGGAUGCAGUACUCCCGCACGGUCUACAUGCAGAACGACAUCGCCGGCCUGAUCGACCCGGCGGGGUGGCUGCCGUUCAACGGCGCGUUCGCGCUCGACACUCUCUACUACGCCGAGUUCAGGAACACAGGACCGGGUUCGAGAAUGUCGCGGAGGGUCAGGUGGCCCGGGUACCACGUGGUCGGCCGGCCGUCCGUCGUGAGACCUUUCACAGUGAGCCGGUUCAUCGCCGGCCGGACUUGGAUUCCGGCCACCGGCGUGCCCUACGAUCCUACCUUUGAUUAACUAACUAAUCGAUGCGCCAAAUUCCACAUUUUAAAUUAUUAUGAUGAUUAAUUAUUAUCAUCAUUAAUUCAUGAUCUCUUCUUCGAUUGUACGCCAAACAAUUAAUGAGCAUA